AUGAGUGUCCAAAUCCCCAAACUCUUGUGUGCCGUCACUAUUGAGACCUAUUGUCGCCGCGACAACAGUCUGUCCAACAGGUGUGUCAUCAGUGAAGCGAUGGUAACGUUGGGCAGGAAUGCGCUCAAAGACUGUGUGAUCCGAGUGGACGACCGCAAGAGUGGUCGAAGUGUCCAUCAGUUUGUCUUAAUGCACACUAAACUCAACUACAAACUCAACACUCGCUUCGUAUUGGACGGCAAGUCCAGUAUCACUCUAACGGAUCCCAAUGUCUGUAUAUUCAUCUCCAACUGUCCGUCCAAUCAGUUGUCACUAUUCCUCAAAUGUUUUGUCUUUAAAUGCGAUUAUUAUAAGCGAAGUACUGGUGAGUGGAGUGGUGUCCAAGACAUGAGACAACGUCUGGUGGCAGACAAACACACAAUGUUUGACGAAAUGAGUCCAUUGAGUGCCAAAGACAUCGACAGAAACGUUGCGAUCAAACGGCGACUAAACGCACAAAACAUGGCAUUGAAUGCAUUGAAUGGCAAUGGAGUGCAAGAGUCGCCCAAAUCCAGCAAAUGUUUGCACAAAAAGUCACUCAAAAAGCGAAAACUUAUUGAAAGGGACGAGAAUUGUGAGCAAAGUGUGCGUAAAAGACAGACAAUGGAAGCGCUGAUACCAUCCCCUGUGAGACAAAUGAGACUUUUGAACGAAAACCGGUUGACUGGCGAACAGAGGCGAGUGAUGUCUGCUGUGGUGAGCGGUCGCAGUGUGUUCUUCACGGGCAGCGCCGGCACCGGGAAGUCAUAUCUGUUGCGCUUUAUUAUUGCACGACUGCCGCCCGACACGACAUACGUGACGGCCAGCACCGGGAUCGCCGCCUCACACAUCGGAGGCAUGACUUUGCAUAUGUUUACGGGUCUCACACCAGACCAGAGUCGCGACGCCUCUGCCGAAGAAUGCGCUCUGAAGUUGAUGUCCAACGCAUGCAAAGUGAAUAAAUGGCGUAAAUGCAAAUGUCUUAUCAUUGACGAGAUAUCAAUGGUUUGCGGCAAAUACUUCCAAUUAGUGGACAGUGUGGCCAAAAUAGUCCGCAAUUGUGACCAACCCUUCGGAGGCAUCCAAUUAGUGGUUUGCGGAGACUUUCUUCAGUUGCCACCCAUUACUCGCAGGGAUGAGGAGAAGGUGUUUGCCUUUCAGAGCACGUCUUGGGACCAGUGUAUUGGCCACUCGUUUCAAUUAAGUCAUGUUAAGCGUCAGAGUGACCACACGUUCAUAAGAUUACUGCAAAACAUACGAAUCGGAAAUUGCGAUCAUUUGAUGACCACUCAAAUCCUCGAUACACUCAAUAAUGAUCUCAAGUGUAAGGACUUGUGUCCCACCCGUCUCUACACGCAUCGCAAUGAUGUCGACCUCAUUAACAGCAGACAAUUGAGUGCUAUUGACAGCAAAUGCGUUGUGUUCACCGCCGAAGACAUCAUCAAACCAGAGAAUUGGGUCAUAAGAGUGUCGAACCAGAAGUACGUAAUGCGAAGACAUCUUCCGCUUCAGCUCUCUUGGGCUCUAUCUAUACAUAAAUCUCAGGGAAUGACUAUCGAUAACGGAGUGGAGAUCUCAUUGGCCCGGGUGUUCGAGUGCGGACAGACAUAUGUAGCCCUUUCCCGCUGUAAAACGCUGUCAAACCUAAGAAUUAUUGAUUUCAAUCCAAAGAGUGUGAUCGUAGACUCCAAUGCACUCCAGUUCUACAAUAAUCUCAAAUUUAAUUGA